AUGUCGGGGAUUGGGAAAAAAGCUAGAGAGGGCAAUGUAGCUUUAAAGUUGGACAUGUCAAAGGCUUAUGAUCGGAGAUUGGUUUCUAUUGUUUGGUUCUCAGCCAUUAUUAAUGGAGCAUCAUAUGGUUUUUUGAAAUCUAGUAGAGGUCUUCGUCAGGGUGAUCCACUAUCACCAGUCUUGUUUGUUAUUGGGGCUGUGGUGCUGGAGUUAUAUCAGAAAACAUUUGGCCAAUUGGUAAAUGCCCAGAAGUGUGGAUAUUUAAUGCAUCCAUCAACAUCACCAGCUCACCGAAAGGUGAUUCAACGCAUAACUAGCUCUUCCACACAGCACUUUUUGGUUAAGUAUCUAGGAUUUCCUUUGUAUAUUGGAAGAUGUAAAUCAUCUUAUUUUAGGGAAGCGUGUCAAGCUAUUACUGGAAGAAUUCUUUCCUGGAAGUCAAAGUUUCUAUCUUCUGGGGGAAGGAUGGUUUUAAUAAAGCAUGUGCUUUCAUCUAUUCCAAUUCACCUCCUAUCCGCUGUUGUGUUGCCAAUCUCUGUCUUCAAAGUUGUCAAAAAGGUCUGCUCAAACUUUUUGUGA